GGGAAAGUUCAGAGGGACGGUGAGUGUUGAGGAGCAAGAGAGGUGAAAGAUGAAGAAAGAGCAGCAAAAAGAACUUGUAGGUGAAUAGGCAAACCUAGAGAAGUAGCAAAGAAGGGGCCUGGAUGUCUUUAGGAGCCUGUCGGGAGACCUGCUUGUUUUUAGCUGUGUGUGAAAUGUGUGUCUUUAGAUACAGGCAGCAUUCCUCUAGAGAUAAACCCCUGGGCCCCCAUCCACUGAGCCCCCACCCUCUCCAGUCUCUCCACCCACCAUGCUUAGUCAAGUGUGUGUGUGUUUGUCUGGCCAUGAAUGUGUGUGUGUGUGUUUGUGUUGGACGGGGGUCCGUGUGCCCUGUACCACAGCACUCGCAGGGGGCCACAGAAAAGACAGCUGUGUUUCUGAGAGAAACAGAAAACUUGAGAAAGGGACAGUGGAAGGCCAACAGGGAUGCCAGUCAAGACCGUCACUUUUGGAAAAUCCUCACAUUUUAACCACAGUUCUGGAAUCUUUUGUUUACCUCACAGUAUCGUUGGACUUCUCUUUGUCCAGCAUAAAAGUGUUCAGACUUUCCAGUCAGUACCAUCAGAUUAAAACGGCAGAUGCUGGGAACAGUUUCCUCCGAGCGGCCCGAUCUGGCAACCUGGACAAGGCCUUGGAACAUAUAAAAAAUGGCAUCGAUAUCAAUACAGCCAAUCAGAAUGGUCUCAAUGGGCUGCAUCUGGCCUCCAAAGAAGGCCACGUCAAAAUGGUGCUGGAGCUGCUUCACAAUGGCAUCACACUGGAGACCACCACAAAGAAGGGGAACACCGCCCUGCACAUUGCAGCGCUGGCAGGGCAGGAGCAGGUGGUCACAGAGCUGGUAAACUAUGGGGCCAAUGUCAACGCUCAGUCCCAGAAGGGUUUCACUCCACUGUAUAUGGCUGCACAAGAAAACCAUCUAGAGGUUGUGAAGUUUCUUCUGGAGAACGGAGCAAAUCAGAGCAUUCCAACAGAGGAUGGAUUUACACCGCUCGCCGUGGCUCUUCAGCAGGGGCAUGAGAAUGUCGUAGCCCUGCUCAUUAACUAUGGCACCAAGGGGAAGGUCCGGCUCCCUGCUCUGCACAUUGCUGCACGAAAUGAUGACACGCGCACAGCUGCAGUGCUUUUGCAGAAUGACCCUAAUCCCGAUGUCCUCAGCAAGACUGGAUUCACGCCACUCCACAUUGCUGCACACUAUGAGAACUUGAACGUGGCACAACUGCUGCUUAAUCGAGGAGCAAAUGUCAACUUCACCCCUAAGAAUGGCAUCACCCCUCUGCACAUUGCUUCCAGACGAGGGAACGUGAUCAUGGUCCGACUCCUGCUGGACCGGGGAGCACAGAUUGAUGCUAAGACUAAGGAUGAGUUAACUCCUUUGCAUUGCGCUGCCAGAAAUGGACACGUCAGAAUUAUAGAGAUCCUGCUGGACCACGGGGCUCCAAUCCAGGCAAAGACAAAGAACGGCCUGUCACCAAUCCACAUGGCAGCACAGGGUGACCACAUGGACUGCGUCAAGCAGCUCCUGCAGUACAACGCAGAGAUCGAUGAUAUAACUCUGGACCACCUCACGCCGCUGCAUGUAGCCGCACACUGCGGGCACCACCGCAUGGCCAAAGUACUGAUGGACAAGGGAGCCAAACCCAACUCGAGGGCCCUGAACGGCUUUACUCCCCUUCACAUUGCCUGCAAAAAGAACCACAUGCGAGUGAUGGACCUCCUGCUCAAACAAUCAGCAUCAAUAGAAGCUGUGACUGAAUCAGGCCUAACACCCUUACAUGUUGCAUCCUUUAUGGGUCAUCUUAAUAUUGUGAAGAUCCUCCUGCAGAAGGGAGCUUCUCCCAGCGCCUCCAAUGUGAAAGUAGAGACUCCUCUCCAUAUGGCAUCUCGGGCAGGUCAUUUUGAAGUGGCAGAGUUCUUACUGCAGAAUUCAGCUCCAGUUGAUGCCAAGGCAAAGGAUGAUCAAACGCCUCUGCACUGUGCUGCUCGGAUGGGUCACAAAGAGCUGGUGAAGCUUCUGCUUGACCACAAAGCAAACCCCAACUCCACCACCACAGCUGGACACACGCCUCUGCACAUCGCUGCCCGGGAAGGUCACGUUCACACCGUACGCAUCCUUCUGGACAUGGAGGCCCAACAGACCAAAAUGACCAAAAAAGGCUUCACUCCGCUGCACGUAGCCUCCAAGUACGGGAAGGUGGAUGUGGCAGAGCUGUUGCUUGAGAGAGGAGCCAAUCCUAAUGCAGCUGGAAAGAAUGGUCUGACCCCGCUGCAUGUCGCCGUACAUCACAACAACCUGGAUGUCGUUAACUUGCUCGUCAGCAAAGGAGGGUCGCCACACAGUGCUGCCAGGAACGGCUACACGGCCCUGCACAUUGCAUCCAAGCAGAACCAGGUGGAGGUGGCCAACAGCUUGCUGCAGUACGGCGCUUCAGCCAACGCUGAGUCACUGCAGGGCGUCACUCCUCUUCACCUCGCCUCCCAGGAAGGAAGGCCUGACAUGGUUUCCCUGCUCAUCUCCAAACAGGCCAACGUCAACCUGGGCAACAAGAGCGGAUUAACUCCUUUGCACCUGGUGGCACAGGAGGGACAUGUAGGCAUUGCUGAUAUCUUGGUGAAGCAAGGAGCUUCGGUCUAUGCCGCCACACGGAUGGGCUACACCCCUCUGCAUGUAGCGAGCCAUUAUGGUAACAUCAAGAUGGUGAAGUUCCUCCUACAGCAACAGGCCAAUGUUAACAGCAAAACAAGGCUUGGUUACACUCCUUUGCACCAGGCAGCACAGCAAGGCCACACAGACAUUGUGACAUUAUUGCUGAAACAUGGCGCCCAACCCAACGAGAUCACCACUCAUGGCAUGUCAGCACUGGCCAUUGCCAAAAGGUUGGGAUACAUCUCAGUGAUCGAUGUCCUGAAGCUCGUCACAGAGGAGACCGUUUCAAUGACGACUACAGAGAAGCAUCGCAUGAGUUUUCCAGAAACUGUGGACGAGAUCUUGGACGUGUCUGAGGAUGAAGGAAUUGCACAGCUAACAUUAGGAGAGGAGCUCUUGGGGACAGAAGGGGCCAGGUACAUGAAGAUGGAUGACAUGAAAGACCAUGAUGACGAUUUCCUCUCCCCCAAGAAAUCACUGGAGUACGAGAGAGGGCUGGGCACAGCGAAUUACUCACCGGCCAUUCCCAGGAUUCCUCGUGUUUCGCCAGAGACUGUAAACCUGAGAGAACAUGAAAUAGAUCAGCAACACACGCCCCUUCCACUGCCCAAAGAGUACGACGAUGAUUCCCUGAUUCCCAGUAGCCCAGCAACGGAAACGUCUGACAAUGUCAGCCCAGUCGCCAGUCCCAUCCACACAGGGUUCCUGGUCAGUUUUAUGGUGGAUGCUCGAGGCGGUUCAAUGCGAGGCAGCAGGCAUAAUGGUCUGCGUGUCAUCAUACCUCCGCGGACGUGUGCAGCACCCACUCGCAUUACCUGCCGCCUGGUGAAGCCGCAGAAGCUGACCAGCCCCCCUCCUCUGGUGGAGGGAGAGGGGCUGGCCAGCAGGAUCAUUUCCCUGGGUCCAGCUGGGAUGCAGUUUCUGGGACCUGUGAUUGUGGAGAUCCCGCAUUUUGCUGCUCUGGGUCGUGGCGACCGAGAGCUCGUUGUGCUCAGGAGCGAGAACGGAGCCGUCUGGAAGGAGCACCGCAACCGCUACGGUGAUGAGGUGCUGGAAACAAUCCUGAACGGGAUGGAUGAGGAACUAGAAAGUCAAGAGGAACUCAGCAAGAAGCGAAUCCGCCGCAUCAUCUCCACUGACUUCCCUCUUUACUUCGCUGUCGUGUCGAGGGUCCAACAAGAGAGUGACCUGAUUGGUCCAGAGGGAGGUUCGCUCACCAGUAAGCUGGUGCCGAUGGUGCAGGCCACGUUUCCUGAGACGGCCGUGACAAAAAGAGUCCGUCUCGGGCUGCAGGCCCAACCAGUUCCAGACGAGCUGGUUGCAAAGCUGCUGGGUAACCAAGCGAACUUUAGCCCCGUAGUCACUGUGGAGCCUCGGCGGCGCAAGUUUCACCGUCCCAUUGGCCUGCGCAUACCCCUGCCUCCGUCCUGGAAGGAGAGUCCCCGCGACUCGGGCGAGGGCGACACCACCAGUCUGCGUCUUCUCUGCUCUGUUAUAGGUGGGACAGCCCCAGCCCAAUGGGAAGACAUUACUGGCACCACCAAGCUCCAAUAUGCCAAUGACUGUGCCAGCUUUACCACCAAUGUUUCUGCACGAUUCUGGCUGGCAGACUGUCCUCGGACAGCUGAGGCUGUCUCCUUUGCCAACCUGCUCUACAAAGAGCUAUCAGCCGUACCCUACAUGGCCAAGUUUGUAGUGUUUGCAAAGAUGAACGAGCUGCGCGAGGGCCGUCUGCGCUGCUACUGCAUGACAGACGAUAAGAUGGACAAAACUCUGGAACAGCACGAGAACUUCACAGAGGUGGCCCGCAGUCGAGACAUAGAGGUGAUGGAGGGAAUGCCCCUUCACCUGGAGUGUUCAGGGAAUCUGGUGCCAGUGAGGAAGGCCACGCAGCAGCCUCGCUGCUUUAGCUUCCAGGCUUUCAGGGACAACAGGCUUCCAGUCUCCAUUAAGGUGCGAGACAGCAGUAAAGAACCCACUGGAUUUUUAUCUUUCCUACGCAAGUCCACCAAAUACGAGGACAACCAACAAGUGCUCUGCAACCUUAAUAUCACUAUGCCUCCAUGUAUAAAGAUUAUUGGUAGUGAUGAUAGGAGGCGAACUCUGACUCCGCUGGCUUUAAGAGAAAGAUACAGCGCCCUUAAUGAGCCUGCUAUGGCAUCAAUGAGUGCAAUGGAAAGGACGGAGCUGAAGAUGGCUGUGAUUGCAGAGCAGUUGGGACUGAGCUGGGCUGAGCUGGCACGUGAGCUACAGCUCAGCGUGGACGACAUCAAUCGGAUUCGUGUUGAGAAUCCAAACUCCCUCCUUGAGCAGAGCUCCGCGCUGCUCAACUUAUGGGCAACUCGUGAAGGCAAAAGGGCCAAAAUGGAGAGCUUAUAUACAGCGCUGAAGAACAUUGACCGUAUGGACAUCAUCAACAUGUUGGAGGGCCACCCUCCCCAGCCUGUGAGACAAGGCUCCCGUGAUAUGAGCAGACGCCGACACAACGACAGAGAGCACCUCUCCCCUGGUAUGACCAAUGGUUAUGGGCUUGCACAGGAGGAGCUCCAUUCGCCGGCCUCCAUGCAGUACAGCCUGCCUUCUCCGCUGGGUGCCGAGCCUUACUGGCAGGAAGUGUCCAGCCUGGACUGUGCACCAAUUGCCACCACAGAAGAAGACACCCUAAUGGAGAUGUCCGAUGUUCAGGUUUGGCCCUCAGGCAACAGCCCGUCCCUGGUUGCUGUUGAGGACUCCUCGCUGGAGUGCAGCAAUGCUGACGACUCGGAAGGUCUGCUGGGGCUGCCGUACGGGAGUCUGGGCCGACCGGCCAGCCAGGCCAGCGCUGCCAGCCCAGGGGGUGUUGUGCUGAGUGGCUCCAUUGAGCUGCCGGAGGAUGAUUCAGAGAUGGGAGUGGAUUCCCUCAGCACAACCACACCAGCUUCACUUGGGGGAACAAUUGCAGGAAUCAAUCUCAAUGGGCUAAACAACUGUCAGGGGUCAGAGGCAAGUUCAGAGUUAUCAGCCGUCACGAGUACGACUGGUGGUGAUGGAGCUGAAGGAGGAGGACGACGACUAGGAGGAAGUGGCUCAGAGGAAGGACAUUCUCUUGUUUCAGGACAACAAAGAGUGUAUGCCCGGUUGAGUGAGUCCCCUGGUCUGAGCUCUGUUGCAGAUCGGAAUGGAGACAGGUCAGCUAAUGGUGGAAAUGGGAGUGGAGGAGGCUCGUUCCUUUCUUACCUGGAGGAACAGACAGGUUCAGCGUGGAUGCCAGUCACUGACCCAACACAGGCUUGGGUGGGCACCCAGUCUGGGCCCAGGCAGGCCAUGGAAACUAUGAUCUCAUCUGUACGUAAUGCUGUGGAUGGAGACCCGUCCUUAAUGUCCCAGGAGGCCUUGCUUCAACCCGUGAGGGACAUGGGGCAUUCUGAGAUUUUACGGGGCCACUUCAGAGGUACCCAGCCAUUUGAGAAGGGUCUGGGAUUCCCACACAGGGUACCAGAACUGAGAGCUUGGGACGAUGUACGUCUGAAGGGCCAGGGCGAUGAGGUUGAAGACCUUCCUGGGGGGCAAGUAAGCGAGGAGCAGUUCACGGAUGAACACGGAAACAUCGUCACAAAGAAGAUUGUACGGAAGGUUGUGCGCAGAGGGAAAGGUUUGGGAGAGGAAGGGGUUCUGGAAGUGGAAGGUUCCCUGCUGGAUGCCAACGAGCUGGAGGGCGAGGCCGAGCAGUACCUGAGCUACGCCGUCCUGGGCCGCGACAGCAGCAAGCCCGAUUCUAUGGAUGUGAAGAAAGGUGCUCAGAUAGUGAAAUGUGCCACUCUGCGGAGAGUUAAGCAGUGAGGCAGACAGAGCGCUGCGUCCCUGCAGAGUUCUCCGCAGGAUUCAACCCCUUCACCCAAACCAUCCUACAUGGACACAUGACCAGCAGCGGCUGUCAGGGGGAAGACCACACAGGGACAGGCCGAAAAACAAAAAUGAAAACCCCUCCAACACGACGACGGCGGCGGCGGCGGCGGCGGCGUAGGCAUCGCCGUCUUUCAGCACGCUCCAGAAGAAAAGGAUAAAGAUCCACUUGUGGUUUUUAUUACCUCUUUAUUUUUUAAAAACUCUGGGGAAACGGGGAAAAAAAAUCGUACUAGGCUAGAAGCAUGAUUUCAUAUAAAACAAAACCAAACACAAGCAAAAAAAAAAAAAAAGAAAGAAAGAAAGAAACGCAACCAAACUGUGCUUCCUGUUAUCUGUAUCAGCAUGAGUGAUUGCUGCCGCAUGGCCUGUCUUUAACUACAAGUAUGGAGGGGAACACAGGGGUGGGUAAAAGGGGUGGGUUGGGACAGGCAUGCAAUGUCCUUUCAAUCACUGGCCCGUCUUCUAAAGUAAUCCAGGAAGUUAACUGUUUAACAGCCUGAGGAAAAAAAAAAAAAAAGAUCCACCAAACUCAAAUCCCUCUCUUCCACAACACACAGAGCAGUUUUGAUCCUCUCCCAGUGCCCUCUGAGCCCAGGAAAGCUCCUCGAACCACCCAAGAAUAUCAGUGUUGUACAUAAUAUCGUAUGCACUCAAAUGCGCUACGUGGCCGUGUGUUACGUGUGUUGUUUAUGUUCUCUAAGAUCUCUAUGCGACGCCACUGAUGCUGCUUUCAUGUACAUAGGAGAUUCCUCCCUGUUUUUUCUUGUUAGAGCUGUUCUGUCAGAACCUAUAUAAUACUAGUCUAUAUAUCCUGAGGUCUUUGUGGGUACAAGAACAUGCAAACGUUCCGUCGCUCUGCCUGUUUUGAUUUGGUUUAUGCUCAUUUUUCCGCGCCUCUCGUUUGCUUUCAUUGUUUAGACACGUCAGGCUGCAGAGGGGAGGACUUCUCUUCCAUCAUGUGUUGUGGGUCUUUUUCCAUCUUCAGGAGGUGGUUUUAAAACCUUCUCGUUCUGCAGAAGGCAAGAUUAUGAGGAGACUCUUCCAUCUUUCUUGUUUAAGGUUUUGUUUCGUCCACACUGCUUUGUAAUAAAAUGUCUCACCUCUGCGGUCACCCUCUCAGAGCACAUGUAGCAAUCCUGUCCCUCUUUACCGGGGUGCCCCCUCCCCUCUUCACACACACAAAGGAACAUGGUGCACUUACAGAUCACCUGUCCACCACCAAAAGAUGUCACUCGAUGAGGUAGCUGAAACCCUGGUAAUGUAGCACUGGUCUGACUGGACAGUCAGGGGAGCGUCGCGUCACGGGUCGAGGUCGUGUUGAGCUCUGAUGUUUGUCCUUUUGUUGGCUACUUGGAGCGUAGCAAAGGCAGUCAGUCACCGAUCACUGUGAUGAGAAACUGUAAUACUGACCCGUAACUGUGAGCCUGGCUCCCUCUCGUCUCCAAGCUUGUCUCCCUUCACUUUAUUUUCCCCCCUCCAGCAUCCUUUGCUGUGAGGAUUCAGUUUCUCAGACGUUUAUUUAUGUAAUAUUUGGAAGAAGCAAUAACUGCUAACAAAAAGAAGAAAAAAAGGUUGUAAAUGAGAGAGCGUGUGAGAGAAAAGACUUUUAGGAUCACAGGUUACGUCUUCCUAAACUCGGGAUUGUUUAUUGCAGCUUUUGAGUCUUGUUCUGUGUGUUCAGAAAUGAUGUCAGUGAUUUAGGAUCCCACAUUUGAUUAUUUUGCUUCACAUUAUGGAUCACAAAUGUUGGUAUGAUUUCCUAUCAUACAUCCAACGGCGUUUUUUCAGGAAUGGCAUAAAAUAGACAAAAAUCACAGGAUCUGUGAUCAAAUUAGAAUAACUCAUGCUUAUUCCAUCUUUAUAGUUUAAUCUGCUAGCUUUUCUCCGCCUGUGGCGGUCCUGAUUCUAAAAGAAUAAAGCAUUAUAAAUGCUAUUUUUUGUGUUGCACGUAUAGAUUGGACGUUUCAUAAAUAUCAACUGUGUAUUAAGGAAUUUCUGUUCAGUACAGAAUAAUCCUGUUCAGAUGUAACAGGCUAUUUUUAAAUACCUUGCAUAAACAAUGAUACAAUGUAGUCCAUAUUCAUAAAAGUUGAGACUGAAUUACAGUAGCUCUGUAAUUUAAGACAAACAGCCAUCUAUGACUCAUGCCAGCUUCUGCAUCUUUAGCGUUGUGCAUUGUAAGGCCCUUUGUGACAGCAAGUGGGAGCACGCUCCCAGUGGCUGGACAUGCAGCUGAAAUAACUUUAUUUCGUUUUGUUUUUUGCGUUUUUUUGCGUGGUCUUGCCACUCCCGAUGAAAUGUUGCCCUGGGCGGUGAGCCACGUCAAAAACCACCACUGCAUGAACCUCAUCUGCAAAGUGCCCAACAUUUGAUUUAGUUGUUCAUCUGAGAAUGUGGGUGAGUUCAAGCAGUUUUUAAACCUUAAAGUCAUUCAUAUGCACUCCAGCAGACAUCCUGUUGUGUGAGUUUGCAUUUGCAUGUGUUUCUGGGUACCUCUUCUGUCCCGAAUAAUGGGACGUACUAAAGUUGGGGAGUGACACAGCAAAAAGUCACAGACUUUAUAGGUCUACUUUCUAAAUCACUUUAAAAGGUUGAUUUACCUCAAAAUGUGUGUGCCACCUCACAUAAUACAAAGUAUCUUAACAUGCAUUUAAUUCAGAUGUUAUGUUCACCACUCUUUGUCAGACAGAAAUAUGUAAACCACAGAAAUGUCGCAAUAAGCAUCCAUCCGUAAGUGUUUAGUAGGCUCCAGGGCCAGAAACGAUGAAUGUAAAGUGGUGGUAUUACUGUAAAUCCUGUUAUUUGUUGGCUCUGUACUCCAGUAGAUAUUAGGGUGUUCACUCUGAUGUUUAAAACUCAAUAUCUGUUCAACAAAUGUUUGACUUCAUCCUCCCUUCAUCGCAAACAUACAUGUAGGACGGUUUUUAAAAAUGGAAAGCCUUGACUUGUAUUUACAAUUAUCUCUUUGUUAGAUAUAUUUAUAUUUUAUUAUCUCAUUUAAUGCCCAUGAAAGUAAGAGUGUCAAUUAUAUAUUUACAGAAAUAAAAGUGCCCUGUAUGUCACAGCAAACAAUUCCCAUCAUGUGAUGCAAUGCCUUUUUUUUUUUUUUUUGUUGACCGCAUCAUAUUUGAAUUGCUUUCAAAGCAAAUGAACUAAAUUCAAAUAUAUAGAUAGGUUGAAAUUAUAUAUUUAAUUUUAUUAUUCUGUUGUGGUUUAUUGGAAAUGUGAAAUGAUUAUUCUUUCAGAUUUUUUUUUAUUAUUAUUAUUGUUUUAGUGUCUUGUUAAUAUCCUUACCAUUUUUCUGGUGUUGAGGGCUAAAGUGCCACAGUUCAUGAAAUAAGCCUUUUGCUGGAAUGCAUAUUUAUAUAUGUGAUAAUGUAAUCCUCAUUAUAUUAAAUACCUUAAGUAGGCAAAAAUAUAAUCUGUUCAAAUGAAUUCUUUUCAGAUUUAUUAUGCACCCCCAGUGUUUCAUAAAUCAUUGAGACAAUUAUUAAAUUAAACUUUUUGUUUUCGAAAAACAUCACAUAUAUAAAUUAUUUAUGAAUCGAGUGUGGCACAUUUGGGUUUCCAUACUGCUGCAGAGUAAGCCCCAGCGGCCUGAUGUGAAAAGAGUAAAUUGAAAGAAAAAGAGCAGAAUUAUGCAUGUGGUACAAAGAGAUAGGUCUGUAGAAUUGAGCAGAUGUAUCUAAUGUAUACAUUCACAUCAGGUUGUUUUUCUCAGCAUUUACUUAGGUUUAACCUGUGGCGUUUAAAUGCCUUUUUUUCUUUUUGUUCUUAACAUUUUAUUUAUUUAAUUUCUUCUAAAAGAGUGUUUCACCCUUUAAGCUUACAUGGUCAUGUUCAAAGUUUAUUAUUUCUUUUCUUCUUCUUUUUUUUGUUAGUUUUUUUGUUGAUCCCCUGCUGAUGUCAGGGUAACUGUUACAGGGAAAACACAAUGAGGGGGUGCAAUCUCAAACAAGACUGGAUUUCCUGAGGAAUUUAGUAGCUGCAAGACGACAAGCAUUUUUCCUCAACACAGCCCACCCCUGGUUGAUUUUAUUUUAUUGAUGUUGUUUGUUUGUUUGUUUGUUUGUUUGUUCCCUCUUACCAAAUAUGAGACUGAGCCAAAUCUUAGGCUUCCAUAUGGUGACGGACUGAAUGUGGUUAGAAAGGUGUCCGAGCAGGGGCCAGCAGGAGGCGCUGUGGUUACAACAGCGAGGCAAAAUGACCCGGAGAGCCCUGCGCUCAAGGACUGCCAAAAAAAAAAAAAAAAAAAAAUGAUGCCAUGCACCAAGUUCAUGCAAAAAUAUUAACUCCUGCAAAAACUAGAGAACACAUGUAUAUUCCUUUAGAAUGGAUUGAAGACAUUAUUACCGCAAUAGCAUAUUACUCGAUACUAAGGAAUGCAACUGCGCACAUGCACAAAAAAUGUUUUUAACAUUAAAAGGCUAUAAAUAUAUAUGAAAUAUAUAAAUAUAUAUAUUUACUUAGAAUGCUAUGCACCCUUACUUGUCAACUGGGAUUUCUAUUAUGUUAUGGAUGUACUUUUAGCAUCAUACAGCUGUAGCUACCAAGAGACUGUUGAGUUCUGGGUAUUGCCUGCAACCUGGGGUUAACUAGGGGUCUUAUGGGUGUUUUAACUUGUUUUGUUUUCUUUUUUAUUGUCAUGGAGAGUCGAACAUGGAUUUAAAAUAUACAUGUGAAAACCUUUUAAUCCAAUCAACGUCUGAGGGCAUCUAUUGACAAUUUACUCUGUACACCAGCUCAACAUUUACAAAAUAAAUAAAGAAACAAAAUGUC